AUGUCGGUCGACCCGCAGCUUCAAGGUCUCGUCGUGGCGAUUUACGAGAUCGGAUGCUUCCUCGGUGCGCUCCUCACGUUUGUCAUGGGCGAACGAUUCGGCCGUCGCCGCAUGAUCAUGUUCGGCAUGGUCGUGCUGUCCGUCGGUGCUGCGAUUCAGACGGCCUCGUACGGCGUGCCGGAGCUGAUCGUCGGUCGUAUCAUCGCCGGUGUCGGAAACGGAUUCUCCACCGCCACCGUCCCUGUCUACCACUCGGAAACGUCCAAGGCUCAGGAUCGUGGCCGUGCUGUCUGCAUCGAGCUGGCGAUCAACAUCGCCGGUGUAUGCACUGCCUACUGGCUCGACUACGGCAUGUCUUUUGUCAAGACGAGCACCGUCCAGUGGCGUUUUCCUCUCUCGUUCCAAAUCUUCUUUGCGAUCGUCACCUUUGUGAUGAUGUCCUUCCUUCCCGAGUCGCCGCGUUGGCUCGUGGCUCAGGGUCGCGAGGCCGAAGCUAUGGACGUGCUUCAAAGACUCGACAUCUCGACUCUGCCCAACACCAAGAGCCUCAACAUGCUCAACGCCGAGCAGGAAUUCCAGGUGAUCAAGGAGACCAUCGAAGAGGAGCGCAAGCUCGCCAACGGCAAGCCCGUCUGGAGGGACAUUCUCACGAACGGCAAGGAGCGACAUUUCCAGCGCGCCGUCCUCGGCUUUGGAAUCCAGUUUAUGCAGCAGCUGUCGGGAAUCAACCUCAUCACCUACUACGCCCCGGUUAUCUUCCAGAAAAGUGUGGGACUGUCUAGAUCCACUUCUUUGCUGCUUGCCGGCUUCAACGGACUGGCGUACUUCGUCUCGUCGCUUGUUCCCAUCCCGCUGAUCGAGCGAGUCGGUCGUCGCCCUCUUAUGCUCAUCGGUGUCGGCGGACAGGCUAUCUGUAUGGCUAUCCUCGCUGCCAUGACGGUGACGAUUGGGGACAAGACCAAGGGCAUUGUCGCAACUGCGAUGCUCUUCCUAUUCAACUUCUUCUUCUCCGUCGGUUCGCUCGCUAUCCCGUGGCUCUACCCGGCAGAGAUCAACAGCACGCGUACCCGAAUGCAUGGUGCAGCCAUUGCAACAGGAAGUAACUGGAUCUUCACCUUCUUGGUGGUCCAGAUCACUCCCAUUUGCGUCCAGAACCUCGGCUACAAGACGUACGUGAUGUUCGCCAUCUUCAACUUCAGUUUCAUCUUCCUCACGUACCUGUACUACCCGGAGACCAAGGGGCUUCAACUCGAAGCAGUCAACGAGCUGUUCGAAGACACGCAGCGAUGGGCGAUUGGACCAGUCAACACCAAAAAGUACAUCGACGCCGUCAAGACGCACGUGGACGACUCGCCCGGCUACCUCGGCACGCCCCAGGACGAAAAGUCGGACAUCAUGGAAAAAACCUCGAGCGCUUGA